AUGCGGAUCCAAGAUCUUUUCAUUCAUUCGGAAGAUGAGCCCGACUCUCAAACCGAAUUAGCAAAGACGAUAGGGCAAGACGAUAUGGAAGGACCUCCGUCUUUCAUGCCUAUAUUUACUAAAAACAAUCUCCGAAUGCUUUAUCAAAAGUUCCCUACUCCCUCGUUACGAUUCAUGCCGAGAAACACCUCUCCGAUUCAAGCCACAUUCGCCACUGGACCAAACCUUAUUCCACUUUGUCGUCGACCACCGCGAUUGUUUGGUAAUCCCACGAGUGUGGAUAGUAAUAUACAUCCUCAACGAUUGCCUUUCUUCGCUCCUUCGAUAAUUAUCUCCCCAAGGCCGCCUUAUGACCAUCAAAACUCGCCUCAUUGCCAAAACAGAUCCGAUACUAACUCGCGAUCAAUUUCGACGGGCAGUCUCAUUAAUCAAGGCUGGACAACCUAUCGUUAUCCACAAGGCCGUUUCGGCUCACCUCAAAAAUCAACAGGCAAGAAGUAUUCUUCACAUGCACAAGGUUAUUUGAAGAUACCACUUACUCGAGAAGAAGUGUUGGUGAACGAAAGGAUCGCACAAUGUAGAGCAGCUAUCAAGAGACAUAUGGUACUUAGGAGUUAUCUGAUUUUCAGGAAGAAAGGUCCCGUACCUAUAGAUCCAACAUUUUUAGCUAAUCAUCCCAGUUGA